GAGCGAUAAGAUAAAGUUUUGUCUCGGUCCCCACUUUAUUUUUCAAAAACUCGAACUGUCCAGCCAUUUCCAACAACAAAACAUUCAUUCAAGAACAGAGAGCAUCGGCAAUUCACCGAACGAUUACCAUGGCGAAAAGGAAAAGAGAAGCCGCCUCUGAGGGCGAACAUGCCAAUACCAAAUCCUCGGCCAAGAAAACGAAGGCUUCGGCCAAGAUACCACAGUCGACGGCCUUCAAGCUCGACAGCAAUGGGCCGGUGACAAUCCAGAUCAUCGCGGGGUCCUACGAUCGCGUCCUCCACGGCGUCACAGCGACACUCAAGCCGGCUCCCGCCGUGCCAUCCACAAAGAAGAAGUCCAAAGACAACAACACACCGCCACAACAAGAAGCCAAGUUCGCCGACAGCUUCCUCUUCAACGCGCACAACUCGGCCGUCCGCUGCCUCGCCCUGUCACCCGCCUCGGCGCCGACACCGGGCCAAUCGCAAAAGGUGCUGCUCGCGACGGGCAGCACGGACGAGCGCAUCAACAUCUACAACCUCUCGGCGCACCCCCCCUCGGCGCGGGCGGCGGACGACCAGCAGGCGCUCUCGGCCUUGGCCCCGCGACCGAUCCUCGAGAACCCCAAGAACCGCGAGCUGGGCACGCUCCUGCACCACACGUCCAACAUCACCCGGCUCGCCUUCCCCAACCGCUCCAAGCUGCUCUCCGCCGCCGAGGACUCCACCGUCGCCGUCACCCGCGCCCGCGACUGGAACCUGCUGCACUCCUUCAAGUGCCCCAUCCCCAAGGCCCAGGGCCGCCCCAGCGGCGACACGGCCGCGCUCGGCGGCGCGCCCUCUGGUGUCAAUGAUUUUGCUGUUCACCCUAGUAAUAAGAUCAUGAUUAGCGUUAGCAAGGGCGAGCGCUGCAUGCGGCUGUGGAACUUGGAGACGGGCAAGAAGAGCCGGGUGCUGAAUUUUGAGCGGGCGGUGUUGGGGGAGUGUGGGGAGGGCAGGCAUUCGACUGGCGAGGCGCGGCGGAUUGUGUGGGGGCGCUCGAGGGGUGGGGAUGAUGAGUUUGCUGUGGCGUUUGAGCGGGAUGUGCUCGUCUUCGGCAUGGAUUGCGUGCCGAAAUGCAGGGUGAUGGGGGAUAUCAAGACCAAGGUGCAUGCGAUCUGCUACGUGGAGACGGAGGGGAGCGGGGAGGAGACGGUGAUGGCGAUGUCGACGGAGGAUGGCCGGGUGCUGUUCUUCUCGACGGCCACGGAGGACUUGGCCGAGCCGGCGGAGGGCAAGACGGUGAAGGUGGCUAAGCUGGUCGGGCAGCUGGGCGGGAAGGAGGCGGGCGUGUCCGGCAGGAUCAAGGACUUCAAGGUCCUGCCGGUGGAGGACGAGGACGGCAAGCGGUCGUUCUUCGUCGCCGGUGCCAGCAGCGAUGGGCGGAUCCGGCUGUGGCGGGUCGGGGCUGCUGAACUCGGCGGCACCAGCAAGACGCCCGGGCAGGUGGGCAAGCUGCUGGGGAUGUACGAGACACAGAACAGAAUCACUUGUGUGGAGGCCUUCGUCAUGAUACCCCGGCCGCUGGGAGCGGAGGAGAGCGAGUACGAGUUUGAGUCGGACGAGUCUGAGGAUAGCGAUGAUGGGGAGGAGUGAUGAUGAUGAGUA